GGCAGUUGGCCGGAAGUGGGGCUGUGAGGCCGGGGUGUAGCCGGAGAAUUCGCAGUGGCGCGGCCGGCCGCGGGAGUGGCGACUGGUGUUGGGGCGUCCGCGCUCGUCAGGCUCAGGCUAUUUCUGAUGCUUGGAAGCUAUCCUUUCAGCCAUAAAGAUGGUAAUAAAUCUUUGCCUCCCACAGUUCAGACCAAGAAUUUACUGCAACAAGAUAUCAGCUGAUGGUUAUGAAGUAGAAAAUCUCAUCUCUGAAGACCUCACAAAGAGAAGUCAUGGUUUUAGGACAGAGUAUUUCAUUAAGCCACCAGUCUAUGUGACAGUUUCCUUUCCCUUCAAUGUGGAAAUCUGUAGAAUUAACAUAGACCUCACAUCUGGGGGAGGCCAGAAUGUCACUGGCCUGGAAAUGUACACCUCUGCCUUAUCCAGCAGAGCGUCUUGGAAUACCCCCGAGUGCCGGACCCCAGGCCCCGAUGAGCCGUCCAUUCCAGACAAAGAAGCGUUCACUUUGGUGGGCAAAGUCUUGUUGAAAAACCAGAGCCAAGUGGUGUUUAGCCACAGGGGCUUCAAGGCCAGGCCACCUUUUGGCCCAAUGGAAGCCACACUCCCCUCCCCUGCUGUCGUGGCCCAGGAGCUCUGGAAUAAAGGGGCUCUUUCUCUUAGUCAUGUGGCCCAUCUCAAGAUCUGUAUCACCCAUGUGACAGGCAGUGGUAUCCCUUGUAUCAGGCGGUUGGAAGUAUGGGGUCAGCCAGCCAAAACCUGCUCUCAGGAGGUGAUAGACGGUGUCCUGCUGGUUGCCUCAGAGAGCCUCCCUCAGGACUUGUCUCUACAGGCCCCGGCCUUGCCCAUGGAGAGUGACUGUGAUCCUGAGGGCCAGCAGGCCCCCUCCAGCCUGCAGGACCUGGCUGAGGUAAUUCGGGAUGUACCCGAAGAGUUCCUGGAUCCCAUCACCCUGGAGAUCAUGCCUUACCCCAUGCUGCUGCCCUCAGGCAAGGUCAUUGACAAGAGCACGCUGGAGAAGUGUAACCACAGCGAGGCUGCAUGGGGCCGAGUGCCCAGUGACCCUUUCACAGGAGUAGCCUUUACUCCACACUCCCAGCCCCUGCCUCACCCCUCCUUGAAGGCCCGGAUCGACCAUUUCCUGCUCCAGCACUCCAUCCCUGGCUGCCAGCUGCUUGGGAGAGCACAGACUGCAUUGGCAGUGACCCCUUCUUCCAUUGCUCUGCCCUCUCGGAAAAGGAAGAUGGAGCAAGGUGAACUUGCCCCAGACAGUAGCCUUGGCUUCAGUGCUUCCUGUUUUUCUACCACAAGCCUUCUGGUCUCACCCACUACCUCAGAGCACACUGCUAAGAAAAUGAAAGCUGCCAGUGAGCUCAUGGAUUGUUCAACAGGUCCAGUAUCCCAUGAGCAAAAGCUGUCGCAAAGCUUGGAAAUUGCCUUGACGUCAGCCCUGGGCUCCAUGCCCUCCUUCACCGCUCGGCUGACCAGGGGACAGCUCCAGCACCUCAGCACAAGGGGGAGCAGUGCUUCCUGGAGGCCAGGCGCCAGCUCGGAGCAGCCUGGGAGCAGCCUGGGCCCCGAAUGCACAUCCUGCAAAAGGGUGUUCUCUCCCUACUUCAAAAAGGAGCCCGUGUACCAGCUUCCCUGUGGCCACCUCCUGUGCCGACCCUGCCUGGGUGAGAAGCAGCGCUCUCUGCCCAUGACGUGCACAGCCUGCCAGCUGCCAUUUGCCAGCCAGGACGUUCUGCGGGUUCACAUCUGAGUGACCGGCCUCAACCUGAGAAGACCCAUCACUGGAAGGAGCUGAGGAGGAGCAAGUGGGGGGUGAAAGCUCCUGAGGUCUGGCCAGCUCCCAGGCACAGGGUGGCCUCUGCUCUCUCAGGGGCUUUCCCUUCGUGUCCUCCCACCGUGUAGCACGUGGGUCUGCAGAGUGAGGGUUGGAGGAAGGGGCCCUCCAUGCCUGCUCAAGUGGCAGUAGGAUAACAAAGCCAUAGUUUGGGCUGGGAGGGAUGGGGGAGAUGUCCCUGCCCUCCUGUGCCUCCCUGCCAGCACCCCUGCCAGAGCCCAGGGCCAUUUGGGGCCAGCCCCACCCUCUGAGGCCCCCCAAGUUGUCUGCACGCAACCCUCAUCCUACAAGGUGGGGAUGUGAGUGUGGCUCGGGACCUCAGGGAGCCUCCACCUUCAGUGCCACCAAAAGUGGAGCAUGGCAAGGAUCUGUGGAGUGAAUGACUCAGCCCCUCUGACUGGCAGACCACGCAGAGCCUUAAUAAAGCGAUGGUUGACGUCC